AUGAUUACUUAUAUCUGGGCGGUGGCUAUAAUAGUGGCGCUAGUGCUGUAUGCACUGCAGGUGCACUCGAAGUUCUCGAAGGCCGGUGUCAACCAUCUUCCAGUGGUCCCUUUCCUUGGAAACAUGGCUCGCAUAAUUCUCAAAAGGGAUAACGUUAUAAACCGCCUAACAGAGUUGUAUCAGACUUACCCUGAUGAUGCAUUUGUUGGAUUUUACGAGCUGAUGAAUCCAUUGCUAAUUAUCAAAGAUCCGGAUCUGUUGAGAAAAAUUACCGUAAAAGAUUUCGAGCACUUCGUGAAUAGACGCGGCUUGGGAGAGGAUUUACAAGAUCCAUUAUUUGGAAGAAGUUUAUUGAUUUUAAAAGGUGAAGAAUGGAAAGCGAUGAGAUCCACCCUAAGUCCUGCGUUUACAAGUUCAAAAAUACGAUUAAUGGUUCCUCUUAUGGUUGAAGUUGGAGACCAAAUGAUCAAAGCGUUAAUGAAGAAAAUUGAAGAAUCUGGAGAAAACUACAUUGACAUAGAAUGCAAAGAUAUGGCGACACGGUAUGCUAACGAUGUUAUCGCUUCGUGCGCGUUUGGUUUGAGGGUAGAUUCGCUGGAUGAAGAUAACCAGUUCUACGAAUCAUGCAGAAAAAUCACCACAUUUAGCUUUAAGCGUAUCUUAAAAGUCUUAGCAUUUAGAUCGUUUCCAAAAAUAAUGAAGAUGUUCAAGGUAACCCUAUUUUCAAAAUCAUUGAGUGAAUUCUUCAAGGAACUAGUGCUCAGUACGAUGAAACAACGUGAAGAGCAGCAUAUAAUACGAAAUGACAUGAUACAACUUCUUAUGGAAACUAAAAAAGGGACUUUGUCUCAUGAUAGUAAAGAAACUAAAGUUGCUGAUACUGGUUUUGCAACAGUUGAAGAAUCUGCAGUUGGAAGAAAGAAAGUUCAUAAAGAUUGGACAGAUGUUGAACUUGUGGCACAAGCUGUUCUUUUCCUCUUCGCUGGGUUUGAAACAAUAUCAACGGUGCUAGCAUUUGCUUUGUAUGAGCUGGCCCUAAACGCGGAUAUUCAAGAACGCUUGGUUAAAGAAAUUAAAGAAAACGAAUCUAAAAACAAAAACAAUGAGAGAUCAAUUGACUAUGACAUAAUACAACGUAUGAAAUACUUGGAUAUGACAAUAUCAGAAGUUCUACGUCUAUGGCCUCCUGCACCCGUCGUGGACAGGCUAUGUGAUAAAGAUUAUGUUAUGGGAAAAUCAAAUAAUAAAGCUACACAUGAUUACAUCAUUUGCAGGGGCGAAGCGUUACAAAUUCCAAUUUGGGCUUUCCAUCGUGACCCAAAAUAUUUUCCGGAUCCAGAAAAAUUUGACCCGGAGCGGUUUUCAGAGGAAAAUAAAUACAAGAUUAAACCCUUUACUUAUAUGCCUUUUGGUUCAAGAUUCGCAUUAUGUGAAAUUAAGGUUGUUUUAUACCAAUUAUUACGGCACAUGGAAGUGUCUACAUGCGAGAAAACUCCAAUUCCCGGGAAACUACGACCAGACAGCUUUCAAGUGAGGCUGCAAGGAGGACACUGGGUUCGAAUGAAAAUCCGCCAAUAA